AUGGUACCGACUCUCUUGGAAUCUAUCCAGCAUGUGUUCGUGAAAAAAGUGGCUGUGAACUCGGGUGGCAAACACUGCCUUGCCCUCAGCUCCGAGGGACACGUUUACUCUUGGGGUGAAGGGGACGACGGGAAACUAGGACACGGAAACAGGACUUCGUACGAGCGGCCAAAGUUGAUCGACCAACUGUUGGGCACCGAGAUCGUCGACAUUGCUUGCGGUGGCCAUCACAGCGCGGCAAUCACGAGCGCCGGUUGGCUUUACACCUGGGGAAAAGGUCGAUACGGACGACUGGGCCACGGCGAGAGCGAGGAUCAGUUGUCGCCGAAACUGGUCGAGGCCCUCCAAGAUUACAAGGUGAUCGACGUAGCCUGUGGAAGCGGCGACGCGCAGACUCUCUGCGUCACCGACGACGACAACGUCUGGAGUUGGGGCGACGGGGAUUACGGAAAGCUGGGUAGAGGCGGUAGCGACGGCUGUAAGAUUCCGAUGAAGAUCGAGUCUCUCGCGGGCCUCGGCGUCAUCAAGGUCGAAUGCGGCAGUCAGUUUUCCGUCGCUCUGACAAGAUCGGGAGCGAUAUAUACC